UUGCACUUGAAACAUCACCAUCUUCCGGUGUCUGCAACACAUUUCUGCGCUGUGCAUCUAUGAUGGCGGAGCAUCUUCUGCAGCGGUUCGCCACUAUGGGAAGCACAACAACGGUCACACCACCAUCUACAAUGGCCACCCUCAGCCAACGGGUUCACCAUGAGCCAUUCGUGAGAUAUCCGGUGUAUGGACCAGGUUCUGGUCCUGAUGCGUAUGAGGAUGGGGGCGAUUUUUGGCAUGGAGAAAGUGCUGCAGGAUUUCUUACUGGACCACCUCCUCCAAUUCCACCACCGCCGGUACCACCAAGGCCACCAGUAUUCCCGUACCGGCUACCUUACGGAAAGUUCGGAAACGUCCGCUUCAAAGGAGCUUCCGUUGCAGUUCUGACAUUGAUUGGAUUUUUGUUUUUUCUGAGUGUACUGCAAAACUACAUCCGGGAUUACUCCACUACCAGUACACCAACGGUCAUCGUACUCUCAGCCGGAUCUUCCACGAAGGAAAAUCUGCCACAGUACCAAUUUCUGCAGAAAGAUGAUCACCAUUCAAGCAAGGAGGACGAAGGCUACACUAACUACAAGAAAAUCUCACAUGGAAAGCGUACCAAAAAUCAGAAACGACAUUCGUCGGGUUUUGUUUCAACCGAGUCUCCUCCGUAUUCUGAUUUGCUCAGUGUCAGUGGAUUGAAGAAAAAAUGAUUUUACUAUAACAUAGAAAGUUUGAUUUUAUUUAUUUAGUUAUUAGGGAAAAUAUAGGCCGAUACAAUAGCUUUGAAAUUAUAAAUUAAGCUGUAGAGUUCUAGUGCGUAAGGUUCUAGCACCUGCUAAAUGGAUAAAACAGUUGUAAUUGCCUGUGUGCGGACACAAUGUCUACAAUGUAACUUAAUAUCGCAAAAUUGGAAGGCGAUAUUCUCUCACAAUCGAAAGUGAUUCAACACACAAUUUACCGACCGACAAUAAACACCCUCACCGU